CCCAUCUCCCCUAGGUCUUCAGUUCAGCCAGAUAUUCUGAGUCACUGCCAGAUCAUCCACAAUGCUAGUCAAAACCUGGAUAAGAAGUUUGAUGGCAUUAAUGGAAAGGUUUCAAAAAUUCACUGUUUUCAUGCUAAAUCAAUGUGGCAAAAUCACCCACUUGGAUAUGCAUACAAAAAUAAUAAUUACCUGCAGAAAGUAAAGGAGGAGCAUCCUCCCUCUUCAUUGUCUUACCCUGAAAGUGAGAACCCAACUAUGCCAGUAGAAAGGCCAGAAAAUGAUUCCCAGAGCAACCCUGUAGGAACAUCUUACCAGUCAGAGGAUUCCCGGGACGGAAUCAGGAGUCACUCUACCAGGAGUAGGAGCCACGCCGCAGCCAGAGUCCCAUCUUCCACAUCAGUACCUGCAGCCAUGCUGGGCCAAGACAGAUCCAGUGCAGCACACAACCCUGAGAUAAUGGCUUACUCAACUAUGCUGGAAAAUAAGAGCCUUGGCCAUAUGGCCUCAUCUCUCUGCAUCCUUGCCGGCUUUGCUACAAAUUCAUCAGUUGGAACUGACCUGGGUUUGCUAAAACAAAACUUCUCUGAUGACCCUUCAACUUGGUCCAUAGAGGAAGUGAUCCUGUUUCUGAAACAUACUCAGACACUCAGCCCCCUCGUGGACCCCUUCAGGCAACUUGACAUUGAUGGGAAAGCUCUGCUGCUACUCAAGAAGAGUGACAUGAUGAUGAAGUAUAUGGGGCUUAAGCUGGGGACAGCUCUGAAGCUGUGCCACUACAUCAAAAAGCUUAAAGGAGAAAAAUACGUUGACAUUUGAAAAAUGUUUGUGUAGACUUAGACUGGACUUAAUUCUGGGGAGAUCAAUGCCACCUUGUUGUAAAAUCAUUUUGCUGCCCUUAGAAAUUCUUUUGUAGAAGGUUCCUCUAAAAAUAUGUUAUAUCCAGAGUUGUAGAACUACAUUACAAUCCAAUCUACUUCUUUAGAAACCAUUUCACACGUUACCAUUAGUAUAUUCAAAUUGGCAGUUUGUUUUUUAUUGUUGCCAUUGUCUAGUUUACAAAUAUAUUUCAUAUAAGAAACACCUUUGAUUUCUGUUAAUGUUUAUAUGUAGAACCAAAACAGCUAAAUCCAAAGAGAAAGUAUCAGGGAUUGACAAAUUCUCUAAUAAAAUCCAUGAGAAGUUUUCCUUAGAAGAGAAUUUAAAGAUACAACUGUAGUAGAUACCAUCUUUCUCAAUAUUUUAUGUCUGUUACUGCAAUGUUCUGUUCUUGUUCUACCAGUUUCCUGAAAUGGAAUAGCCAUAUAAAUGAUUUUCCUUUUUGUUA